GUCUACGGAGCCGAUAUAAAUACACCAUUUGAAACCUUCAAGUUCAAGUGAAUAUCAUAUUACGUAGUUGGACAACUUUACAAAAAUAGACUUUUACAAGCGGUAAAAUACAUUCCAGCGGAUUAAAGUGACAAACAAUUUUCUUUUUCAUUUUGAAAGUUCUUUCAUUAAAUUGAAUCAACUGUACUAUGGGAAAAGAAAUCACCUGGUUGAUCAUAAUUGGGAUUUGUAUCAAGUCGUCAUGUGAGUCUCUCUUCAACACUGAAACUCCUGCUCUCAGCAAUGGUAAAGACUGGAUACUGGACUACACUGACAUAGAGACCAAGUUCUCAGUGCGUUCAGUUGAGGAGCCAGAGGAGGAUCUGUGUUACCUGGUGCCAGGCAAAAAGGAUACAGUCACACAGUGUGGCUUCAAAAUCAGCUUACCUACGUUCGCCAUCAUACAUGGCUGGUCGGUGGCAGGUCUGUUUGAGAGCUGGAUCCACAAGCUGGUAGCGGCCCUGUUUGAGCGUGUGCCCAAUGCCAACGUUAUAGUGGUGGACUGGCUGGACCGGGCCCAGCACCACUACCCCAACUCUGCUGCCAACACCAAGCUGGUUGGAGAGGAUGUGGCCAGGCUCAUCAACUGGCUGGAGGUGGAUCUGAAGUAUGACCUGAAGAACAUCCACCUGCUGGGCUACAGCCUGGGAGCACAUGUGGCUGGCGUAGCUGGAAACCUGACCAACAACAAGGUCAACAGGAUCACUGGCAUGGAUCCGGCUGGGCCUCGCUUCGAAUACGCUGAGCACCGAAACCGCCUGUCUCCUGACGAUGCAACAUUUGUGGACGUCCUCCACACCAACACCAGGGGGUCUCCAGAUCUCAGUAUCGGUAUUCAGAGACCCGUGGGCCACGUGGACAUCUACCCCAACGGAGGAACCGCACAGCCAGGCUGCUCCUUCCGGUACACCGUAGACAUGAUGAGAAGCUUUGGCCUCCACAACUUGGAUCAGAUCCUGAAGUGCGCCCAUGAGCGCUCUGUGCACCUGUUCAUCGACUCGCUGGUGAACAAACAGCAGCAAAGCAUGGCCUACCGCUGCAACUCCAAAGACGCUUUCGACAGGGGCCUAUGUCUCAGUUGCCGUAAGAACCGCUGCAACAACAUGGGCUUUGGUGUCAACAAGAUACGCACCACCAGGAGCGCCAAGAUGUACCUGAAGACCGGCGCCAGUAUGCCCUUCAAAGUCUUCCACUACCAGAUAAAGUUCCAUGUAUUCAACCAGCAGAACCUGAGUCUGAACGAGCAGCCCUUCAUCGUGUCUCUUUAUGGAACCCACGGAGAGAAGGAGGCCGUCCAACUCAUUCUGUCCAACGUGACCACCAACACUACUGUGUCCUUCCUACUGACCACUGACGUAGACCUGGGAGAGCUGCUGAGAGUCACGCUGCAGUGGGACAGUGACUCAUACUUCUCUUUCUUCAACUCAAACGAGUUCAUGGUCCGCAGGAUUAGAGUCAAAACGGGAGAGACCCAGUCCAAGGUGAUUUUCAGAGCAGAAAGUGACGGGAAGUUUGCUCACCUGGUCCAAGGAGGUGACCCUGUGACCUUCACCAAGUCUAAAGAGGAUCAGAACAGCAGGACGCAUGAGAGAAACCACAGACUGAAGAUGCAGGGCAGCUUCUUCAAACAAGGCCUGAACGGCGCUGCCACAGACACAUCGCCAUCAUCGUCAUCGUUACCCCCAUCACCAGAGCAUUGAGGUCAUAUACUGUAGAUAUUAUUGUAGUAGCUGGUUAGUAGAAGAGUAUACCCUCUGGUUAAGUGUAUGUAUGGGCGAAUGACACCCUUUUCCCCAUACGGUGGCCACCUAUGUACCCGGGUCAUGAUCUGCAUCAAGGAUUUCAGUUACGUUCUCAAAUCUCAAGUCAGGAUUUCAGCCGAAGAUCUGUAGAAGUGUUUGAGAUUGUGACUCAAAUCUCAAGUCAGGAUUUCAUAAUAGUGUAAAAACAGUAUAUGUUUUUAUAAUAAUAUAUAUAUGGUUUAACAUUCCAAUCAAGAAGUCAAACUCGGUUUGGUAUGUUCUCCUUCAUAACAGUCAGCUCUGAAAACGUGAUGAUGGAUUUCAUGAUAGUGUGAUUUCUUUGUUCCUUUCAUUGCGUAUUUAAAUAUGUGACGUUUCUUUAAUUCAAAUAUAUCUUACUGAAUUGUUAUUUAUCACACAUGUAUCCUUUAUAUAUAUUAUAUUAUUUUUUAUUAUUAUAAUUGACUUUGUCAACCUUUUAGCUGUUACAGUUUUUUAAUUAAAGGGAUCAACGUUUAGGAUGCAAGCAAUAUAUUUACAUCAGUAUUGUAACCACGGUUUUUUUUGUGUGCCAAUUGUGUUACAACGCUGUGAAAUCCAAGUCACCUGACGGUAAUACCGAUCAGCACAGGACCCUUUACAGGCUGUCAAUAACCCAGGCCACCGUAUUGAAGGAAAUCUAGUAUGUACCCCAAAUGGCACCCUAUUCCCCAUAUAGUGCACUAUGGGCCCUGGUCAAAAGUAGUGCACUAUAUAGGGAAUAGGGUGCCCUUUAAGACGCACCCCUACUGUAUACAUUCAGCAGUUCACCCAGCUACACAUGGUAGUAAAAAUAAAAGUUUCCUAGCUGAUUUGGAUGGGCAGUGUAGUAUGUAGACAAUAUUGGUUGUACAGUAUAUCACUUAUCAUUUAGAUUGUAUAUAAUGGUUUGUUUCCUGUGGUAAGUCUGCUUUUAAAGCCUAUAUUUAAAUGUUUUGAUCCCAAUAAACACCAUAGCUUGGAUUUGA